GACAUACAGCGGUCCGUUAACAUAAUUCUGAUUCGGUUUUGCCAUCCUUUCUCGCGAGAUCUCGUUUACUGCUGCGUUGUCUCCGGGAAAAUACCGUGAGGCAUUCAUUAGAGGACUACUCAGCUAAGCCCUCCUAUUUAAUCUAUCCCUGCUGGAAUAGGGAACAUCAGCAAAAACGCAUCUACAAUCUGGAUUGAAGCCAAUUUUAAGAACUUCAUCUGAAUCAUGGGGAACAUUUUUGGGAACUUGCUGAAGAGCCUCAUAGGGAAGAAGGAGAUGAGGAUCUUAAUGGUAGGGCUUGAUGCUGCAGGAAAAACAACAAUCCUCUACAAGCUCAAACUGGGCGAAAUAGUCACCACAAUCCCAACCAUUGGGUUUAACGUGGAGACGGUGGAGUACAAGAACAUCAGCUUCACUGUGUGGGAUGUGGGUGGGCAGGACAAGAUCCGCCCUCUCUGGAGACACUACUUUCAAAACACACAGGGUCUAAUCUUUGUGGUGGACAGUAAUGACAGAGAGCGUGUGAACGAAGCACGAGAGGAGCUGAUGAGGAUGCUGGCUGAGGACGAACUGAGAGAUGCAGUCCUCCUUGUGUUUGCAAAUAAACAGGACUUACCAAACGCCAUGAAUGCUGCAGAGAUCACAGACAAGUUGGGUUUACACUCCCUGCGUCACCGCAACUGGUACAUCCAGGCCACCUGUGCCACCAGCGGCGACGGCCUCUAUGAGGGUCUUGAUUGGCUGGCCAAUCAACUCAAGAACAAGAAAUAAGAAGAAAACUGUGGGGAUAAAAACAGCAAGCAUCCACACCCAUCCAACUUUUUAUUUGUUCUGGGAAAUGUGGGUGCAAGUGAGGAGCGAGGGUUUUGAAUGAUAGAUCACAAGCAAGAUUCUAUGUUUGGGGGUGAUUUUUGGGGUUUUGUUUUCAGUCUGCUGAGGUUCCUAAUAGUUUUCAGCGCUUAUUAAAAACAGAUUCUCAUGUACUUCAUAUUUAAUCACUCACUCGCGCACACACACUCACACACACACACACACACACACACACAUGAAUGGACACUAACCAUAAGCAAUCACAGCAGACACUUGCUUUUUCCUGUGUCCACCUCUUGUCCUUAGGUGCAUUGUACUGUAUGUUAGUCUCUAGGUGCUGUACCAAGUCACGUGUGACUCCACUGAGUUAGCAAUGACUCAUUUAUGACUUUUCGUUGAUCUGUGUCUUUCAGCUAUCGGUCGUCCAUGCAAAGAACUGUUCUGUGUCAGUUGCACUUCCUGUUUGUUUGUUUUUCCUUUCCUGCGGGGGUAACAGAGCCAUGUUUGAGAACAAUCACAGCUUAAUAAUUCACUUCAAUGGUUCGUUCUCCCCUUUUAACUUGUGAGCAAUGCUGAGGCACUUUGAUACUCAGAUAAAGUGUGUAGAUGCGUGCGAGUAUGCACACGUACUGUAUGUGUUUAUGCAAGUGGCCUAGUCAGUAUUAGUCUUGGGCAAGUCUCUGAAACAGAAAAAGACAACAGGACUGGAGUUUCCUCUUACUGCCUCACUUUUGAUAUCUGUGCUGUGUUUCUACUCCCUGCGCUGCCCUUUUUAAAUAUUUUAAAAUGCUCGUGACUGCCUGAACUGCAUGCAUCCUGUUAGAUCUUACGGACACUGUUGCAUACUUUUCCAUCCUCUGUACUGCAUGGAUGUUGACGCUGUUUCUAUAGCCGCCCUCAUCGUGUUCAGGUGUUGUUCACAGUACGAUGCAGAGACUAGCGGAGCCGCAAGUUUCCACCUGUAGUCCUCGACGUGCCCUAAAUGCAGCAUACUCAGCUUUAUGGUCUUUCGAUGUGUAAGCAGUAUAAAGGUUAACCCGUGCAUAAACACAACACACAUGACCUGCACAGCUGCUGCUUGUCUGCCUUCGUGUGUGACCGUAUGAGUACUCAAACUGCAUCAGGUUGCUCUCGCUUUGUGCGUUUUCGUCUCAGAGUUGCAUAUCGGGAGGAUGAUUCUGUUGCUUAUGAGCCUUUGUUAAUGAAUGUGAACAGCGUUGAUGAAUCUGUGGCUGUAAUGACAUUUAUUUCAGAAGCAUAUUCCUUUAUUUCAGUGACGUGUCGGAAUAAUAUUAUGUUUAGCCUGCUUUAGAAAGAAGAGUAAGCAGAUCAGUUCAUUCACUUCUGAACAGCAGACGAGUUACCCCGUCACCACUGAUACCAGCAGAAUCCACAGACUCCUGAUCUCUUUGUGCCAUACAUGGGUUUUACUACUCAUAUACCAAUGACAGCACGACAUACUGUAAAUCCACUACACCAACUUAAGAGUGCAUUGUUCAUAUUCCGACUCUUAUCGUAUGUUAAAUCAUGAGUUUGAUCAUUUCAGUUUCGUGGCCUUAUCUUUAGUGAUGACUUCGAAUUGAUUUUUUCUCAGCUUGUUUGUUUCUGAUUUUAAGUCACAUAUAUUAAUCUAUAAAGAAUGAUUUACAGAUUUAUUUCUCUAUGCCCUCAAAAGGCGGGUUUUGCACCACAGUUCAGGGUGAUUAGGCAAAGGUUUUGUCCAUUUUGUUUUGCCAGUAUACUUGAUUGAUAUUUGGUGGUAGAUUUCUUUGGUUUUCUUUGGGGUGUGAAGAAACUUUGAUGUAGACUGUGUCUGUGAAACAAUGAUAAUCUGUGCGAAAAAAAAAGAUAAUAAAAAUACUUAUGAUGAUUCAUUCUGUACCGUUAUAGUUACACAAGUAGAUUCAACAGCGGCAAAGACCAUGUUUCAGUGCUGAAUGCAAGGAGACAUAUGUAUGUUAUGUAAGACAACAAACAAAAUCCUGCUGUAUUACAAAUAAACCCAUUUUCUGUA